CUCUCUGAUUACCUUGAAAACAACGGUCGGACAUCUUGGACGCAGUCUCCAGUUCUUGAUGUUAUACCUCAGUGGUCGGUUCAGUAGCUAGUGCUUUGCUAGUGCUUUGAAAACGUCAUCCGAGACUCGGAGCUCCGGUAUCACGAGUCCCAUCACGAAGCCUUUAGCUCGACCGAACAUAGCACAGACCAUCAAAUAUAUUUAGGUACUUCCUAGUGUAUUUGUGUAGCUAGUUAGCAACAACAAUGAGAAACUGCUGUGCGGUGAAUUGUGCUAAUCGAGGUGGUCAGGGCUGGAGAUUCUUCACUAUACCAAGAGGAUCUCAUCCCUUCCAAAAGAAUAGAAGACGGUUGUGGCUGCAAGCCAUAAAACGAGUGGAUUGGGGCCCUGAUGGUCUGAGGGGUGAUUAUAGCUUGUGUGGAGCUCAUUUCAUCUCUGGAGAACCUUCUAUGGACUAUGACAGCCCCGAUUUUGUUCCAUCAAUAUUUCCCCAAGGCAAACAGACAAGAAACUCAACAAAGACAAGACGCAGUAAAGUCCAGUCUAACGGCAGUGCUGUUGCCAUGGAAAGUCCAGACACAGAGGUUGAUGUCCUUCCUGAAUGUGCUGAAGAGCUGCAUGGUCCUGACUGUUACCAUAGUGACCAGAGCACGCCAGAUCCAAAGAUGAAGAUGGAGGAUGAAAGUCAGACGCUGGACCUUAAUGUCAAAAUCAAAGAAGAAGAUGUGGAGGAAGAGGUGGAUCAUUUUAUGUAUCGAAUUCUGACAGAAGAAAAGAAAGAGGAAAUGUGGGAGUGUCCUCAGCCUGGUACCUUGGGUCCGGACUGUAACCAUAGUGACCAGAGCAAGCCGGAUCCAAAGAUGGAGUCAGUCAAGAUGGAGGAUGAAAGUCAGACGCUGGAGCUGACUGUUAAAAUCAAAGGAGAAGAAGAGGAGGAAACAUACGGCACUGAAUGUGGCAAGACCUCUUUGGCAACAAGGAAUCAGCUCACACCCACUGGAGAGAAGUCUUACCAUUGCUCUGACUGUGGGAAGAGUUUCAGUCAAAGUUCAAACUUAAAACAGCAUCAGAGAACACACACAGGGGAGAAAUCUCAUAGCUGUUCUGACUGUGGAAAGAGCUUCAGUCAUAAGGGGAGUUUGGUAUACCAUCAGAGAAUACAUACAGGGGAGAAGCCUUUUAACUGCUCUGACUGUGGGAAAUGUUUCAGUCAAAAGGGGAGUUUGUUAUACCAUCAGAGAAUACAUACAGGGGAGAAACCUUAUAGCUGUUCUGACUGUGGGAAAAGUUUCACGCAAAAGGGGAGUAUGGUACAACAUCAGAGAACACAUACAGGGGAGAAAUCCUAUAGCUGCUCUGACUGUGGGAAGAGUUUUACUGCAUCCUCUACUCUAAAGAACCACCAGCGUAAAACACACUAGAGAGAAGCAUUACCAUUGCACUGACUGUGGGAAGAGCUUCAAUCGAAAUCAAAACUUCUCACAACAUCAGAGAACACAUAGUGUGUUGAAUGCAUUUGCUGAUUGUUUUGGUUGUGUUUCAGAUGAUUUUGUGCCCAAUAGAAAUGAAUGGUAA